AACGAUUAAUAAUUUUGGAAGUGAAACUGUUUAUGUUAUAGAUAAAUUUUGUGAUUGUUUUUAGUUAUAUUAAAGAUACAAGAGGUGUAGAACGUGCGAACAAUUUUCGCAAAACAACAAUGUUAGAUAAAACGCUUUUAAUAAUUGGUAUAAUUUUACCCAUUAUAAGCGCAAAGAUAAGUAUUAAUAUAAGUAACGGUAAUAACGAGACAGAUAUAAGAGUGGAAUAUUCUGGAUAUGACAUUCACGUUAUCAACAAUGAGGAUAUUAAGUUAUUCAACCUCAACCAGUUAUAUUUGAAAGAAGCUGUACGUAGAUUUUAUAAAAUCAGACCGCAAAGUGUGUAUUUAAAGAGUCCAACACCAUGGAAUGAUCUGUAUAAGAUCAACGAUUGGGAACAAGUGUCAAGAAUUUUAUCUGUCAAAUCGGCUAAGUUAAAGAUAAAUAAUAAACAAAAUACAGUGGUAUUAUCACAAGAUUUUGAAAACUAUUCGAAUUCUACUAUCAAAGUUAAUACUGCUUUAAGUCAGUCCGUUGAAAAUUCUAUUUCAACCAGCUGGUCAGUCAGCAAUGAGUGGUCAGUAUCACAACAGUUUGAGUAUGACGUUAAUGUGAUAUUCGCAAAAAUUGCUGGUACUACCGGUUUUACAUGGACUUCGAACUGGGGUAAAAGUGAAGAAAAAUCAGAGACCUUUACCAUUGGAGCAACCAGUUCGGUAGAAACCGAGUUAAAGCCUGGACAGGCUGUCACUGCGAUUUUGACAGGAAACAGAAGAGUAUUGGAGAUUGAAGUCGUGUAUGCGGCAACACUGAGAGGGAAUGUAGCGGUGAAUUUCAAAAAAUCGUUUAGGGGUCAUCAUUUUUAUGGCCCCUCAAUCGUAAGUGUUUUGAAUACAGCCGGAAUGGAUACGGAGAAAUUGAUAACUCAGAAUAUUAAAGUCGGUGUUUAUAUUGAUCAUUCUCUUAAAGUUUUUGAUAAGGCAACAGGUUUACCGCUGUAAAACUGUCGUUACGUCUACGUUAUGUGUGCAUUUAAUUUGGGUAAAUUUUACGUGGUGGAGGAAAGUGCUUUGACUAUGUAAAAACCUUUGACCGUUUCAACUGACUUGGAAAGCUUUACGAUGAAGCUUACAUCGACUUCUGCGCAUUUCGCAAUUCUGUGUGGUUCAUAUAUGAUUUUAAUUUCGUUGUAGGUAUAAUGAAUUCACGGUUACUGUCUCAAUAGUUUAAGAAGUUCAAUGUAUAUAAUAAUAAAGUAGAUUUUUUAUGGUUCCAGUAGUAUACCAAAUCUAAUAAAUGGGUUGUGAUUAUUUUUAUGAAAAGUUUUUUAACAUUUUCUCAUUUUUACUUUGUGAAAGCUUACGUUUGGAAAUUCAAAGUCGUAUCUAUUUAAAAUAUAUUUUAUAAAGUUGUGAAAAUUUAGUUUUAUUUUAAAUCUUUCAUACAAUGUUUAUACCUAGUAUAUAAAUGUAAUAAUUAAUUUAUAUACUAGGUAUAAACGUAGUAUGUACUAGGUAUACAUAUUUUUUUUACAAUCAUAACAAUAAUAAACCUAGUUUAAAAAUUUGGUAUUUACGCAGCAUUCACUCGACGUAUAGCGAUACUUAUUCGAUGAGCGAAGAAAGCACCAGCUAGUAUAUGAUGUCCCAGAACUGGAUACGUCUGACCCUGAUUGCUUGAUUUAGUUUAGUUAGUUGAGGAAAAUUAAUAGUAUUUUUGAAGAAUACGCUUCAAAAAUAAAACUUAGAAUGCCUGUUCCACGUAGCUUCAAUGGGCAUAGUGCAUUUGGGACGGUUUUAUAUCACACGCCGUAAUGUUUAAGGACCACCUGUUACCAUUCCAUUUAGGCUAUAACACUAUGUUGUAGUGCAAACAAAACCGAGAGAUUUUAAACAGACUAGAUUAAAAUUAUUAUAUUUAAAUUUUAUAGUAAUUUCAAGAUCAUUCUCAGAUUUUUGCUUUUACACUUAUUAUGGUUAUAUAAUAAUAAUGUAUAUUUCAUCUGUCUAAAGAACAGUACUAGUAGAACUAACACCACAUCAGCAUCAGAUCUGUCGUAUUCUGGGUAUUUACUUUUGUAGCUCUGAAGAUUAUCUAGCUCAGAAAAGAUUUUGUAGCGCUGCCGAGUAACCCCGAUUAGCCAGCAGGUGAAGCGACGCAAGUGGAAAUUGAUAGGCCAUACACUCCGAAGAGAUUCCAAUUAUAUCCUCAAGCAGGCGCUUGACUGGAACCAGCAAGGAAAGCGGAAGCGUGGCCAUUCCAAGCAAACCCGGCGUCGUACACAUGAGGCAAAAAGAGCCAAAAAGACUUGGAGCGAGGUGACAUAUCUUCAUGGGACUUACUGUACACGCCCUCUGCCCCAUAGGUGUUAUAUAUAGGUGUUACAUAUACAUGACGUCAAGUCAAAGAACAGAAUGUCUAAAUGCCUGUUUUAACAGCAACACAUACAUUGUUAAAUGCGAUCAAUCGUUGAUGAGUAUAGCGACCACAAUAAUGUGAUAACAAUGAAAGUCGUGACACAAAGCUAGUCGUCCUUGCUCCUAAUUUGCUAUGGAAAGCUUCAAAUUAUUGUCCUGUAAAUGAGCCAAAAAUGGUUCUUUUGUUUCUCAAGGGCAGAAUAUCAUCGUAGGAGUCCCUUGAGAGAAAAUAUUAAACUUGAAAUUAUACUUAACAAGAUCCUCAUUAUAAUGAAUUAACGGAUUUAGUAUGCGCUGUACAGUGUACACUGAAGACAAUUGACCCUACCUGUGCUAUAAUAAAGAUAAAUUUUAUUGAA